AGAUCAUCUUUAAACUCAGAGUUAGAAAACAACUCCAGUGAGACGACGCCUGAACUCAGACCAGUGGAAAUGUUUCUAUUUCACCUCUUUGUGCUUCAGUCUGCAGCAGUGGCUGCAGUUGUCCAGAGAGCAGGAGAGGACGUCACUCUGACCUGUGAACAUGUGCUGGAGGGUCAGCGGGACUGUAAUGGAACAACGUGGAGAUAUUCUAAAUCUGGAAACACUCUCGUAGUAGCGCUGGUUGAACUUGGGAAGAUGAAAGAGAACCAUGAAAUAGAAUCAGACAGACUGAAAUUUACAGCUGAUUGUUCUCUGAAGAUAAAGAAAGUCACAGUUCAGGAUGUUGGUCUUUAUAACUGUCAGCAAUACAAAUCAGACGGUUCAGAGAAUUACAUUCUAGUUAACUGGUCUGACAAGCAUCUGUCUGUAGCAACCAUCGUGACUGAACAGGAAGUCGAUGACGAGGAGACACUGAAAUGCUUCGUGACGUCUUUCAUGAGAAGCUGUGAACUGGAAGUGAAGUGGAAGAUCAAAGAUCAAGAUAUUGAUGAAGAAAACAGAGACAUAAAGACAGGAUAUAAUAGAUGUUCUGCCACUGUGACUCUUAAAAAGUCACAUUAUCUUCACCUACAAUCACACUUCCUGAGCUGUGAAGUGACUGACAGCAGAACAGGAGAAAAGCUUCGUUUCAGUCCUCGACCCUCAGGAGGCACAAAUUCAACAGUAAAACCAGAAACCUGCACAAAGUCGACCACAACUGGAACCAGUGGAGCUUCAGCAGAUCCACAAGGAGACACAAAAUCAACAGUAAAACCAGAAACCUUGUCAAAGUCGACCACAACUGGAACCAGUGGAGCUUCAGCAGAUCCACAAGGAGACACAAAAUCAACAGUAAAACCAGAAACCUUGUCAAAGUCGACCACAACUGGAACCAGUGGAGCUUCAGCAGAUCCACAAGGUCUGAGCAGAAAUCUGGCCGUCUCUCUGGGAUUAGCAGCACUUGUCAUUUGUGUUGUGACGGUUAACAUGUGGGCCAGAAUUAAAGCUCGGCGUGAAGAAGACGAGGCUGCAGUGACGUACGAGAACCUGGGAGAGCCGUCUGUUUCUGUCCGACUCUACUGAGCGACAACACCAGUCCACUGCUGCUGAAUCAGCAC